UCACCGCUGUCUCUAUUGGUUAAGACUACAACCAUGAGUUACGUCGCUAAAGGCAAAGACGAUUAUGUCGACGAAGCGCCAAAAUACCAUCGCAUUCGCAUUACAUUAACCUCUCCCAGGGUCAAAGCGCUCGAGAGAGUGUGCGCUGAUCUAAUCAACCGGGCCAAGGAUAAGCAGUUACAAGUAAAGGGACCUGUUCGACUGCCCACUAAAGUUCUGCGUAUUACUACCAGGAAAUCACCUUGUGGUGAAGGCAGUAAAACUUGGGAUAGAUAUGAGAUGAGAAUUCACAAGAGAUUGAUUGAUUUGAAUUCUCCUAGUGAAAUUGUGAAGCAGAUUACUUCGAUCUCUCUAGAACCAGGUGUCGAUGUUGAAGUGACUAUUGCUUCAUAA